CCAAAACUAGUAUAAAAGGAGUUAGUCCCUCUUAGUGUUUCAUGCACCAAACUCAAAGUCACUAACAUGGCUUCCUCAAGUUUCCUAGUGUUGUUCCUUUUUGCUCUUUUUGCCAUCCCUCAAGGGCUUGCAAAUUAUGAAAACCCUCCUGUAUACACGCCACCCAUUGUGAAACCCCCAGUUUAUAAGCCACCGGUUGAGAAACCACCUGUAUACAAGCCCCCAGUGGAGAAACCUCCAGUUUACAAGCCACCUGUGUACAAGCCUCCAGUUGAGAAACCCCCAGUCUACAAGCCCCCAGUAGAGAAACCACCUGUGUACAAGCCACCAGUUUACAAGCCCCCAGUUUACAAGCCACCAGUUUACAAGCCUCCGGUUUACAAGCCACCAGUUGAAAAGCCCCCAGUAUACAAGCCCCCAGUAUACAAGCCACCAGUGUACAAGCCACCAGUUGAGAAGCCCCCAGUAUACAAGCCCCCAGUUUACAAGCCCCCAGUUUACAAGCCACCAGUAUACAAGCCCCCAGUAGAGAAGCCACCGGUGUACAAGCCACCAGUAGAGAAACCCCCUGUCUACAAGCCACCAGUUGAGAAGCCGCCAGUUUACAAGCCACCAGUAGAGAAACCCCCAGUUUACAAGCCACCAGUUGAGAAGCCCCCUGUGUACAAACCCCCAGUUUACAAGCCCCCAGUUUACAAGCCACCAGUUGAGAAACCUCCAGUGUACAAACCUCCAGUUGAAAAGCCACCAGUUUAUAAACCUCCCGUCGAGAAGCCUCCCGUUUACGAGCCUCCUCACCACCCAAAGUACCCUCCAGCAGGUUUCUAGAACAUGAUACUAAGUAAAUGCUAAAUAUGUUAAAUAAGAGAUUAUUGGAAUCUUUAUUUUAAUCCCUUGUUUACAUUGCUAUUGUCAAGACAAGAAUGUGGUUGUAAUACAGUGAAAUAAAUUGUGCUUUUGUACUCCAAAUUAUGAUGAAUAAAAUUGUUGUGAUUUAAUA